AAUUUGUCUGGUAUUUUUUACUCGUGGAGGGGUGGGUUUUCGUUGGGUAUUAUUUUGCGUGGUUUCGUCUUGUUUAAUUAUGAAUAAAUGUUCGUGCGCGUGUUCCGAAGGAACUGAAGUGACGAGGCAACGUGCCUAAGGUGUGUACGGAAAAUUGGCAACGUUAUUUGGUGUUUACUCGGCAGUUUCCUUACCGGCGUUUUCUGUGUCGUGCGGUGGCUCGGGGACUCUUCCUUUGCGGGAGAAAGCGAAGCCAGAAGAAACGUCAUGAAGGUGCUCGAGAUUGGGGAGGUUCCCGACGAGCUCCGAUGUCGGCCCAAAGCUAACAUCGGGUUCAUGGGUUUGGACCCCCAAGGGAACAGCAUCCACGCUGCCAUCUGGGAAGCCUUCUCGAACAACAGGGGCCCCGAUCGAGCGCCCAUCAACUUCACGUUACUGCCGGAGAAGCACACCUUUCCCAAGCCCAAACCCAAGCACCCUUCGUACGAAUGGUAUGUGGAGCGAGGCCUGCUCAAGAGCAACUGGCUGCACAAGCACCUGGUGGAAGUCCCUGCAGCGGUGAUCCUUUUCUUCGACAUGGACUGGGACGACCCGAACUGGGCUGACAAGCGCACCCUCUGCGCCGCCAGGCUCAAGGCUCUCAGGGCCAACCUGCAAGGGAGGAACACUAGGGUGGCUCUUGUGCUUGUGCAGAACAAUCCGUCCAUCCCAGUGGGGGACAACGUGCUGGCUACAGAGCGUGCCCAUGCUCUGUGCAGCACCUGCGAUCUCCUCCCCAAAGCACUCUUCGUGCUGCCCUACUCGGACCACCUCUUCGGCUUUAUACUCAGGCUGGAGAAUGCGUUUCUGGAGAUAACACAAGGCUACUACUUGAACGAGUGCAAGCGUGUCAAGGCCCACAAGGACUUUGCAAACAAGAACACUCAUCAGCAACUGCUCAUUCGGCACCAGUUCAAAAUUGCAUUUCUUCACGAGCUCAAGCAGGACCCAGGAGUUGCCAUCAGGCACUACAAGAUGGCAUACAAUGACCUUGGGGAGCUGAAAACUACAGACCUGAAUGUCCUCGAAGUGAAGACUGUUGCAGGAUUUCUAAACUACAAGCUCUGCCAGCUGGCUUUCCUGCAGAACAUUCCUUUGGACGCCAUCCACCAGUUUCGGAAGCACGUGGACGUGUGGAAAGACCGUGUGGGCUCGCCUCGUCUUGCCUUCGAGCACAGUGCCUGGCUCUCGAAGCAGUUCAGCCAGUUCGGGGACUUGUUUGAGGAUGCUGUGCGGUUGGGGCUAACGGCCAUUCAGACGCAGCACCCGGGCUUCUACUACCAGCAGGCAGCCAAUCACGCGCUUGCCAGGAAGGAACAGGCGCUCAAGCUCUGCCAGGACGUGACAGCCUGUCCAGAUGCCAACAUUCUGAAGGGUUCAGAUUCUAUGGAGUUCUAUGGACAGCGACCCUGGCAAGCCAGUGCACUUGUCAAAGGAGAAACCUUAAGUCCCCAGACGGAGGAGCUGGGCAUUCAAGCACUCCAGUAUGUGGAAAAAACAACAGUCAAUCAUUCUAGUCUGGUGGUCCCCCUGUUGAGCAGCGCAGUGGCCCAGUUCAAGAAGUACCGCUGCCCACGCAUGAAACGCCACCUCAUGGUCCAGAUUGCUGAGGAGUACUAUGCCAAUGAAGAAUAUGAUAAGGCACUCAGCAUCCUCACCCACGUGCUGUGGGACUACCGGUCUGAGCGGUGGCGACCCCUGGUGUCCAACAUCUUGACGACGGCUCUCAAGUGCGCCUAUCUGUCGGCCAGCGUGCCAGCAUUCCUCAUGCUGGGCCUCGAGUUCGUCUCCAGCUGGAUACAGGGUUCUCAAGAGGAAAAGAGCUCUGUUCAAACAAGUGUGUUCAAUGUUGUUGAGGGCAAUCCUCCUGUCGCUUUCCCGGGAAUGUCGGAGGCGAAUGUCAGCCUUGCCGAUGCUGCCUGGAAAACGGCACUGGCUGCUCGAGCCAAGGAACCUCUGCAGAAUUUGGACAUGGACCACAUCAUUCAGUCUGUUGAGUGCAAGGUCCAGUUCACGCAUCACGCUUUCUUCGCUGAUCAGCGGGUGGGCCUCAAGGUCUACUUGAGGUCCAACUGCCCUCUUCCUAUAAAGGCCAAUAAGCUGAGCGUGCACUUCAACAAUCAGCAUUACAGCAGCUUCUGUGUGGUAGAAGACGAAUCAGCAGCCAUGAGCGGAACCAGCCUGCACUUAGUUCCACGCAGGACACAGUCCUUCUUCUUUGCAUUCCUGCCCCGCACAUGUGAUGCCAACACGGACAUCCAGGUGUCUUCCGUGCACCUCUGCCUGGGCUCACGUGAUCCCCCGGGGCUGACCCUGGUAUGGAGCUUCGACUGGCUGCAUGCCGGCUCUGUCCGUGGCGGCCUGGCCUGGGAGCCCCUGCCGAAUAAGCAGUUUGUCUCGGGGGAGGAGGUGGCAUUCCACCAGCUGCCCCAGCUGGCCUCCACUAGGAUUCAUCCAAGGAGGCCGCACCUUUCGGUGACUCUGGACCACAAGCCGCCCGUGCUGCUACACGAGUUUUAUCCGCUCUCAGUGACCAUAGCAAGUGAGGAGGUGAACCCCCUCACCGAGGUGUUCCUUAGCCUGGGUCUGGUUGAUGACCUGGACCCCAAAUAUUACUCAACAACCCACUUCACUUGCGAGGCUCCCGUGGUUCCUCAGCAAGUGGCCAACAAGCUCCAGGGAUUCCAUUUGGACGACAUACCGGCAGCUGGACAGAGGAGGCAGACAAUUCUGCUGAGGAAUUCAGAAGUGGGGACAAGGCGAAUCUUCGUCAAGGUGGAGUACAAGACGGACGUGGAGGUGGAUAAUCAGAUCCUGUGCUGCAGCUGCCUCAAGGAGAUCUACUUUGACCUGGAGUGCAUCGAGCCCUUCACAUUCUCCACUAAAAUCCUCAACCUCAAGUUUCAGCCAAUUGAGGUGCUUCGGGCAGAGGAGCAGUUCAUUCUUCAAGUGGACCUCGAGUCGCGUUGUCCUCUUCCGCUGGAACUUUUGUCAGGGACACUCGAGCUGAACAGUCAUGUCACUGCUGUUGAUAAGGAGCUGAAGUCUCUCAUUGAAGGAGUGAGGUUGAAGAAUGGUGAGGUAGCAAGGGACUUGUUCUGCUUGGUGACUCCUGGCCCAGUGGACUGUGCAACCUCUUUGGGGAAGUACACCCUGCAAUGGAAGAGGGAGCAGUGGUCAACAGUGGCGAGCCAAGCAGUAACCCUGCCGUGCGUGGAGGUGCAGGGCUGUCCCCUGCUGCUGGAGCUACAGGCGCCGGCCCACGGCUCGGUGCGCACCCCACUCACGGUCAGCUACCUGGUGCACAACCGCACGCUCCUUGUGCAGGACAUCGAGCUCGUCAUGGACUCAAGCGACGCCUUCAUGUACUCCGGCAACAAGCUGUUACACUUCCGGAUCCUGCCUCGGGAGUGCCAGACGCUGACGUACAACCUGUACCCGCUCAUCUCGGGCUACGUGCCCCUGCCACGUAUGCACCUCGUGCUGAGCCCCGGCACCUCUGCGGCCGCCACCCUGGACGACCUGCUGGCCGAGAUGCUGCCGUCGCACAUCUUCAUCAUGCCCCAGACUAAAAAUAUGAAUCAUGAGAUCUUGCGUGCCAGCUAGCACCAAGUGUAUGCCACGGAAGGAUGGAUCCUGUACAUAUAUAGACUUCAAAGAAGUUGCUAAAUAAAUUGUUCAAUACUGAUGUUUAUUUCAA